AUGUCAUAUGAAAGUAAAAAUUUCUGGGUUCUGAAGAACAAUGAGCAUACAAGUGAGGAAGAUUCAGUUUACGAUCAUUCAACAAGAGACGAUGCAAAGCGUCCUCAUCCUUGGUUUAUGGACUCUUCUCGAUCAGAGAUGUUCCCAAACAAGAAGCAAGCUGUGCAAGAUCCAGUAGGGUUAGGGAAAUCAAAUGUAGGUCUUCCUUUGUGGGAAAACUCAUCGGUUUUUCAAUCGGUCUCGAACCAGUUCAUGGAUCGGCUUCUAGGGACCGAAAUGCCAAGACCCCUUUUGUUUGGUGAUAGAGAUAGAACGGAAGUUGGUAGCCAUCACCAACCUAAGAGCAUAGGAGAGAGUUAUAUGGAAGAUACAUCUGUUGAAUUGUCGAUAUCUAAUGGCGUUGAGGUUGCUGGAAGUUGUUUUGGUGGUGGUGAUGGAAUUAGGAAACUUCCAGUUAGUCGGAUUAAGGAAACAAUGAGUACACAUGUUGCUUUAGACGGUCAUAGUCAAAGGAAAAUCGAGUCAUCUUCUAUCCGAGCUUGUAGUCGGGAUAAUGAGAGUAGUAGUUUUGUUAAUUUCGCACUGGCGGGUCAUCCUUAUGGCAAUGAAGACUCUCAUGGGAUCACAUUUGGUGAAAUUAACGAUGAACACGGUGUUGGCUCUAGUUCCAAUGUGGUUGGAAACUAUCAAUCUUAUGUUCAGGAUCCAAUUCGAACAUCUGAUAUGGUUUUUGGUCAAGAAACCGCACAGACCAGCAGCGGAGUUGUUAGUGAACAACAAGUGGCUAAACCGAGUUUGGAGACUCUUCCAAAGAACAAAGCAGAGACCAAGGCAUCAAAGAAGGAAGCUUCCACAAGCUUUCCUUCAAACGUCAGAAGCUUAAUAUCAACUGGUAUGCUCGAUGGCGUGCCUGUGAAGUAUGUUUCUCUCUCACGUGAGGAGCUUCGAGGAGUAAUCAAAGGAUCGGGUUAUCUCUGCGGAUGUCAAGCUUGCGACUUCACAAAGGUCCUUAACGCGUAUGCAUUUGAGAGGCAUGCCGGAUGUAAAACAAAGCAUCCGAACAAUCAUAUUUACUUUGAAAACGGGAAGACGAUUUAUCAGAUAGUUCAGGAACUUAGAAAUACUCCAGAAACUAUGCUGUUUGAUGUGAUUCAGACUGUAUUUGGUUCUCCUAUCAACCAGAAAGCAUUUCGCAUAUGGAAAGAAUCAUUCCAAGCAGCUACUCGGGAACUUCAGCGUAUUUAUGGCAAAGAAGAGCGUAACUUUUGA